AAGUGUUGUUCAUGAGUGUGUAUCCCUCAUUUUAAUGUUAGAAAACAAAAUAAUGCAGAAGAAUCAAAAGGCGUUUGCUACUAUAGUCUUUAGUAUUCUUCCCUGUACCCUGUGGUUCAGUUUCUGGAAGGAGAACUACUCAUAGUGUGUUUGUAUUGCAACCCAGGUGGACCCUUUGCCUCAAGGGAAAAAGUAUGCUUCUUUCCUUCAAAACCUUAACAUUUGUUUCAGUGUCAUUGUUGAUGGCUGUAUUACUUGUCUCUAAUUCUAAUUAUCUACCAUAAGAAAAAAUAAUAGUUACAAACUUAGACGUAAUUUCUUCGGGUUUUGAAAUAUCAUUUGUUGAUCUAUUGGCAUUUGCUUUGGAUUUUGGCUUUAUAUGUAACCAGAUGAGCCUUCUAAAGAACUUCCGAAGUUUUCUGUCAAACUUUUUCUUCAUUCCAGUGGGCAUGUUGCAGGUAAUAAUUUCUGUUUUUCGGAGAAAGAGAAAGGUUCUAGGAGAAAUAUCUAAUUAUAAAGUUCAGUUGGAGGUAGUAAAAGCCAAAAUCAAGUCUGCUAAAUCAAAAGAUGAGUCUGAAUCUCUUAAAUUUACUCAAAAGAAUCUGAUUAACAAGGCAGGUUGCAAGUUUCUUAUAUUUGCGCACCAUCAGCCAAUGAUAGAUGCGAUACAUGAGUGCCUUCUUAAGAAAAAAGUGGGUUGCAUCUGGAUUGAUGGAGGUACACUCGCUGCAUCAAGGCAACAAUUGGUUACAGAUUUCCAGGAAAAGGAUUAUAUCAAGGCAGCUGUAGUAUGGUGGUAUUUUUGGUUGUGCAUUUCUUCCAUGUGUUUCCGUUAUAAGCAUCUUUUCUGUUGUCUUGGUUAGUAUUUGUGCUUGAGAUAAUGAUUUCAUGUGACACGUUAUCAUGCAGCUAUCCAUUAAAGCAGGAGGAGUUGGAUUAACUUUAACUGCUGCAAGCACAGUUAUCUUUGCAGAACAAUCCUGGACUCCAAGUGACCUAAUUCGGCCAAUGAUCGUGCUCAUAGAAUUGGCCAGGUCUCAUCAGUAAAUAUAUACUAGUUGGUAAAUGAUACGGUUGAUGACAUCAUUUGGGAUGUGGUGCAAUUCAAACCGGAUAAUUUGGGGGCAGGUACAUUUCUACAUCUUCUUGAACUAUCAUAUGUAAUGCAAAAUGUACAUAAUGCUUAGUUUCAAGGUUUUUAUUCUGGUUUAUAUUUAUAUUUUGUCAAGAUCUAUACUCAAGCAGUAUUUGAGAGUUACUUUUUGAUGUUUUUGAGAAACCAUUCUAAAUUUUAGUUAUUGAAAAAUCAGGUGUUAGAUGGCCAUGAGAACACCUUAGCUGUGUCAAAUAAUCAUCCAUUGAGUAGCCCUGCAAAGCAUACUACUAUUGGGCAUAGGCCUUCAAAGCAGAGAACUCUUGACCAGUUUGUCAGAAGAUGUGAUAACGUGGAUAGGUCGGAAGUGGGAACAUCAGCCUGACCGGAAACGGCCCUCUCGGUCAUGACUUGCGAGAUAUGCAAAAUGGAUUUCCAUUUUCACAGAUACAUGGCCAGUGGCAAGUGAAUAGGAACUUAAAUGUUGAUGUCUACAUGCAGAAGUUUCCAUGUAGUAUUAACCAGAUGUGCUUACAUGCGGAAUUCACCUGUGAUGACACAAAUGCCUUUUUGAAGCUGAAAUCCAUUGUACAACAAAUAAUAGAUUGAGUAGAACUGGCUACACUAAACUAUGUUGCUUGUAUUGGAGAUAAUGGUUUGGUUAUGUGAAAUAUGUAUUGGAAGAAAAUGUUGAUAAAGUCACCCAUUAGAUUUUAGGUUUCCACUUCUUGUUUUUAACUUUUUGCUCCCCUAUGUUUUGUUUUAGUUUGGGGCUCUAUACAGAGCAUGACAUUAUCAUAUAUAUGAACGAUACUUGUAAAUUUCUUUA